ACGAUGUAGCGAAAUGACCUACAUCCAUGUAGCGAAACGACUCCACCCAUGUAGCGAAACGUCCUCCAUGUAGCGAAACGACCGUACCCAUCAUGUAGCGAAACGACUCCACCCAUGUAGCGAAACGACCUACCAUGUAGCGAAACGACCGCCACAUGUAGCGAAACGACUGGUAGCGAACUGGCAAUGUAGCGAAACAGCCUGAUACCCUCAUGGUCAUGAUCAUGAUGGUGUCAUUCUCGUCGUCCUUCACAUAAAGUAGCCCAAAAGUAGCCUAAGCAACCUUCCUCAUUGUUAAUCUAUAUUUUCUAUAUUCAGGUUUGUUUGGGCCCGCAAUGACUUCCUCCGCCUGGUGUAAAACUAAGGGUCUAGCUAUGUAGCCUAUCCCUCACUGUCCUCAGCUCAGUCAUAGUCGAAUGAACCAUCGACGUAUUGUUUUCUUUUAUCGUCUUUAAGUUUUAAGACUACUCCGCUCAGCAUGCUCAGACCCAGUACUACAGUAGUCUGAGUAGACAGUUACGCUCUACAGUACAGUCGACUUAGUAGUUCACAGUUUCAAAUCAACACAGUCAAACACAUCCCAUCACAUGUCAGCAAGGCCAUUCACCACCAUGGAUAGAUGUUUAAUGACGUCACAAGAAUUAAAUGUUGGCCUAUAGCCGGCCAUGGCCCAGCUGGUCCUGACCCUGGGCUGGGCUGGCAUCCCAUUCCCAGUGCGACUCACCUAUCAACCUUUUCGUAGGAGUUUGUUUGGGCGCUGACCAGUCAUAUGUUUCACAUGGAACAAAGGCCAAAGGGUAUCACUAUCAGUAAAUGAAUCAACAUUUUCUUUUAUAUAUCUAACAGCUGAUGAACAAUGACUAUAACCUACACUGCCGAAGUUGCCUCCAGCUCUUGGGGUUGUUUUCUGAAACUACUUUUUAGAUGGAAAGGAAGCAUUUACAAACUUCUGUGGAAAGAGCUGAUUGUUUUCCUUGGCCUCUAUUACUUGCUGAAUCUGAUCUACCGGUUUGCUCUGACUGCGGAUCAGAAAGUGAUAUUUGAGCGAAUUGUGCUCUACUGUGAUUCGUUCAACAAUCUCAUUCCUGUUGCAUUUGUACUUGGUUUCUAUGUGUCCGUUGUCUGCACUCGAUGGUGGGAUCAGUUCAAAUCGAUUCCUUGGCCCGAUCGCACUGCGUUAUUCGUCUCGGCACUAAUCCAUGGACAAGAUGAGCGUCCACGGCUAAUGCGUCGCACAAUCAUGAGAUAUAUGGUUCUAUCGUUCACUAUGACAUUGUCGUCGAUCAGUUUGUCGGUGAAGAAACGGUUCCCAACUCUUGACCAUAUGAGGGAGGCUGGUUUGAUGUUAGAAGGGGAGCAAAAAAUUAUAGAAGACCUCAAGACUCCGCACAGUAAAUAUUUCGUACCAAUCGUUUGGGCGACAAGCUUGGUGUCCCGAGCAAGAAAAGAGGGUCUCAUCAAAGAUGACUUCGCUGUCAAGACGAUCAUUGAUGAAAUCAACAGUUACCGUAGCGACCUCGGUAUGUUGUACAAUUAUGACUGGGUCAACAUCCCCAUGGUUUAUACGCAGGUAGUGACCCUGGCCGUGUACACCUUCUUCCUCUCAUGCAUCAUGGGCAGACAGUUCCUCGACCCCAAGAAAGGCUAUGAGAAUCAUCGUCCUGACAUGUACUUCCCCGUCUUCACUCUGCUCCAGUUCUUCUUCUACUUGGGCUGGCUAAAGGUGGCCGAGACAUUGAUCAAUCCAUUCGGAGAAGACGAUGACGACUUUGAAAUGAACUCGACGAUCGACAGAAAUAUUCAGGUGUCCUAUCUGAUCGUCGACGAGAUGCAUUCAGAGUUCCCAGAGUUGAUCAAGGAUCAGUAUUGGGACGAAACUGAUUUCGAGAUGCCGUGGACACACGCAGCUGAAAAAUACCGGAUGGAGCCUCAUCUUGGGUCAGCUGUGGAUAUCGCAAUUAACUCAAGGCAGGCAGACUUUGUUCCAAUGAGUUCUAUCCGUGAAGAGUAUCCAAUGGUUGAUAGACGUCAAACCUCGGAUGCGAUGGACCUGCCAAACCCGGUCUACAAUCACAGGCCGGACUACGAAGGCAACUCACAAUCUCGUCCAAGGGCCAAUAGCAAGAAUCGAUUCUUAGAUAGUUUGAAAAGAAUGGGAUCGAGGGGUUCUGGGCAUUCUGUGCGCUCGCCAACCUCAACUGUAGAUCAUCCUCAUCCAGGAGGAAGUUACGUCUCAGUCACCACAACUACCCCCAUGCAAACUCCAACGACUCCAAUGAGCCCGGAUCAUGACGGAGAGGAUGAUAUCUUCGCGAUGUCGGACCUUGGCAGCAAUGAAGAUAACGCAUCGGCGUUUUCAUCAAAUCCAUUCAGGGACCCGUUUAAGAGAAUCGUGCCAUCAAAAAGUGAAACAAUCGCAAUUAAUCCACCAAAACAUCGGGAGGAACCACCAGGUUCGACGUCAAGUGACCGUACGCUCAAAGGAAGCAUGGAAAAACUGACCAAUCACAAUCAUAACGAAUACCAAGCAGAUAGCCAAGAUGUUGGUGACAGUGCAAGGCUUAUCUCUCAAGAUGAGUCUGAAACCAGUUUCUCGAGGAAGAAACAUUUUGCAGCGAGUCCAGCAAAGCUGAUAAUUAAGUCUGCUUCGGAGUGUCAAGUCAAGGACAGUUAUGAUAUUAAUGGGACUCCUAUUGUGAGUGAAUCCUUGCCAUCUCGUGUUUAACCCUUUCACUGCAGACACCUUGGUGAGGUGAGGAGGCUUAUUCGUAACAGUACGAGUGUUUGAGUUGGAUGCAGCUGUAUACAAGUCAAAUGUUAGACUGAAAGGAUUUAUGACGAUUUUUGUUAUGUUUUUCUUUUUGAAGUGAUGAUACGGGUUGUUAUUGUGGCAAUCCUGCAGUGAUGUUGUAUUUAUAACUUGGCUUUGGCUUGGGUAAGCAUGGGAUAAAACGCCUUGAAUUGAUGUCCAGUAGGCGUGAACUCGAACACUCUUGUACCAAGCUCGAGUAACAGUAGAGUAAAGUACUGUUGAAAAGAGUGUGUAAGCUACAAAAAGUCAUCGCUAAUCUUAUUGACCACAUUUUUCUCUUCAUAUCAAAUUCUUCCCUUGCCUAUUAUUGCCAAAAAGCGACAUCGUGAUGCAAUGAAACAAAUUUAAGUCUAUCGCAUGCCGGCACUUAUAUUCUUAAAACUCUCAUCUGUCAGCCAUUCUGAAGUAGAGGGGCCUCAUAGCCUAAUGGUUAACACUGCUGGUUACCACGCAAUAGAGGGGCCUCAUAGCCUAGUGGUUAACACUGCUGGCUACCACGCAAUAGAGGGGCCUCAUAGCCUAAUGGUUAACACUGCUGGCUACCACGCAAUAGGGCCCAGGUUGAUUCUGGGGAGAACCAAGGAUUAUAUAUCUGGAUGAACCAACAUCAGGUUUUCAGCCAGGAUUUGUUUUGAGGGUACAACGCCUGACGCUAGAUGAGGGGCCAGUGGCAAACAAAACGCUAUGGCUUACUCGCACAAGCACUAUGCUAUUUAUGCUGUUCAUGUUUACUGUUGAGAGGUAAUGUUUGGGAGGUUAUUUUUGCGUUUACAGAUAAUCAGCAAGGUUGUCAAAACAACAACUUAAAGACACACCUAAGUGUCAAUUGCAUGGAACAAAAUGACAUUACUGCAGAUAUUCCUGGGCUGGGUAUACAAUAUUUUUAGCUUGCCAUAUCUUUUUGUGAAUUACAAAGGGUUGGGUCCUUUGAUUGAUUCUUUGGUGCUUUUGCCUUUUCAGCUUUAGCUAGAGCAUUUAGUCAGUUUUUAACUUGUGGAGUGCUUUGAAAUUGGCUUUGGGUGUCUUUGGAAUAAGGAGCCCAGCAAAUCGAUUGCAAGGGGUUAACCCUUUGAGUGCCGGGCCACUUGUGUAACCCGUGUGCCGGGGGUUUUUAGGGAAAAAUAGGCUUUUUAGCUCACCUCUUAGCAGAGGUGAGCUUAUCCCAUACCGUGGCGUCCGUCGUCCGUCGUCGUCGUCGUCGUCGUCCGUCGUCCGUUAGCAGGGCACGUUUCGUAACUGUUAGAGCUAUUGAGUUGAAACUUAGGACACAUGUACCCUUAUGUAAUGACACCUUGGAGACUAAGUUUCGGUCCGAUUCGUUU